AUGUCUCUCAAAACUUUCAAUGUAGCAGUGUUCGGAGCUGCAGGGGAGUCUGGGAGCACUAUCGUCGAUGGCUUGCUCGAGUCAACCUCACCGUCUUUUGCGAGUUCACGUCUCAGUCAACGUCACUUUUCCAAGUUCUUGCUCCCAAUAGCGAGAAUUACUGACAACUCCGCAAAGGAAGUUACCGCUUUGGCCCGGCCCUCGUCAAUCUCAAAGCCAGUGUACGAGAAGCUAAGAGAAAGAAGUGUUGACGUCGUUGCCAUUGAUCUCGACAAGCCCGAAACCAAGAUCGCCAAUGUAAUUAAAGGCUUUCAGAUUCUAAUCGUCUCGGUGCACCCCGCCGGGAUAGGCUCUCAAGUCGCGCUGGUCCGAGCAGCCAAACUUGCGGGCCUUGAGCGCUUUAUCCCUAGCGCAUUCGCUAUGGCCGUGUCACCAUCCGCCAACUCAUCCGUCCAGAAAGUAAAGGAAGAGGUAUAUGCUGAACUGAGAGCCAUCAGCCUACCGUACACAAUCAUCGACGUUGGCUGGUGGUACCACGGUUUCAUCCCUCAACUGGUUCCUGGUCGCACUGACUACACAGUUGUGAUGCCUGAGUUCAUGCGAAAUCUUGUUCCCGGCGACGGAAACAUACCAACGCAUGUCGUCAAUUAUGCUGAUAUCGGGAAACUCAUUGCUCGCCAUCGCCGAAGAGCUUUCAGGCGAGAAUAUUGUGAAGAAAGAGCCCAGGGGCUACAGUCGAUGAUUGCCGACUUCGACGCCCAACUGCAAAAGAACCCUCAAGAUGCUCUUGCGGCAAUGGGAAAGUUCUGUUCGGAGUACUACUAUUCGUCUUUUAUAAAUGGAGACAACAGCCCGAAGGGUUUCAGUCGGCUUGGGUAUCUCCUAGCCACUGAUCUCUACCCUGAUUUCCAGUCGACUCGUUUCCAACAUUUCUUCCUCGAAGUGCUCAGGGGAAAGGUUCGGAUUCCCUAUUCAGGGAAAUAG